AUGCUAGCAGAUGCGUUGCAGGGAAUGCGGCUUACAUCACUGAAUACUACGAGCAAGGGGUCACGGCGACGGUCAGCUGCUCGCGACAUCCGUGUCGAGAACACUGGCGAUGCCGUCUCGCCAUCUGGCCGUCUCGCGAAUAAGACUAUUUCAAGGCAAGUCAAGUCAUCUGCCCUCAUUGCACCGACCAGCGACGGCGAGCGGACGACUCCGGCUGCGGAGGAGCACCGCUCACCCGGGCAAUCCAGGCCGCUUGCCCCGACUCUUAGCCAGCAGGAGACACAAUUGUUCCUAGACCGUGCCAAGAGCACUGCGCAGGGCCAUGCCACCAUACUGAAGCACUCGGUCAGUGGCCUCGCCGACCUCAUUGCCGGUGCAGAGGCGAGAGGCUUGAAGGUGCACAUCAUUCCAUCAGCAGAGACUUCGGGUGACACGGACACGGCUCUGGUUGUAAUUGCGAAGGACGAGGAGCUUGUACAGGCUGUCGGCCAUGUCGGUGUGUGGGACAAAGCGGUCGUGGACAAGGCAUUUGAGCGAGAGGUCCGGAGAGGGUAUCACCCUGCCUUACUCACUGGUGGUGGUGUCAAUUUCGCAUGCGGAUAUCAAUCACCCGGCGAAUUCGAGAUCCUGUGCAGCGUCUGUCCGAGCUGUGGCCGGACAACAAGAGACUUAUUGAGAAGAGAUCCGUCGGCCAGUUGCCAGGCUGCGGCACUGACCGUCCCAUUUUCCUACACCAUGUCCACCAGCAACCAGCGCGAACUACCACCUUUUCCAGAGCGGGACGAAUACGGUGGUGACGAGCUGCCCACAUAUGACGACCUCGCGGCUCAGCAUGGACCUAACUCCAGAUUUGGCCGGUGGAGGAGUUGGAUAGAGAAGAGGGCUGCCGAGCGGUAUGUCGAUCUGACACCUGAGGAAUUGCAGCGCCGGCGGGCGCGAGGCUGGGGAGAAGGUGCCACUGAUACUACCUCGGGGCCAGGGGCACGACAGUUGCACAUCCAGACAUCGUUUGCCUCAGCCCCGGUCUCCCCGCCGCUCCAGCCACCGACCCCGACGUCACCCACCGCGCUCAUCCCGGAGGCAGUCUCGCCGUCGCACCUGGAGGUCUACCAGUUCGGCUCGCGCUUCCUGCCACAUACGACCGCACCGGUCCGCUGUCUGCUGCCCAUACUGAACGACCGGAUCCUGCUCAUCGGGCAUGACAAUGGACUGUCUGCGCUAGACAUGUUCCCGCGCGAAUGGGCUGACAAUGGCUUGACGGAAAAAGGCCCGGCAGACGCGGAGGCAAAGCCCAUCUGGGAGGGCGAGGUCGUGUACCAAAUGUCCAUCCUUGAAGCGGUAAGCACGGGCCAAGGUACGCCGCAAGGCGUCGUGCUGGCUCUAGUCGGCCCCGUGGUCGACUGGUCGAAGGAGCAAGAAGGCAUACGGACCCUGCGCAUGUACAAUCUUGCCAGCUUGAUCAGUCUAGCAAAGUGGGCGAUUGCACAGAAGGGCCAACACCCCUUGAACCUUCGCCAACCACAUUCCUCAGGCAAGCCAGGCCAGUCCAAGAAGCAUAUCCGCCAACAAGGUAGCUUAACCAAAGGCCUCAAAAAUCUCGUGCUCGAUUCGCCGAUCGCACAACCACAAUCCUCAUCAGACCAAAGCUAUGAACCGCGGACGUCAUAUUCCGACGUCGCUGACUCGCCCAUGUAUUCGAAACGUCUACCUCCACGUCCCUCAGAGCGCUCAGACUCCGUUGAUUCUCAGUCGUCUUGGGAUGUUGUGGAUGACCUGCCCUUACUAUGGGCCGCUCACUACACGCCUCUGGCCUCCGUGGGCUCACGACUGCACAACACAUCUGUGCUAUUCUACGACCUAUGGCGCAACGAGAAUCAACGGAGCCGAGGAGGCGCGUUGCUCGCGGUUGUGACUAAAUCAAAUAUCUUCAUGUACGAGGCGCCGAAGGGCGAGAGGGCAUUCCGCCUCAUCAAAAACGAGUCGGUCAAUAACCCCUCACUACAGGAAUUCUACACACCCCUGACUGCGCGAAGCAUUACAUUUGUCCAGCAGACGGUUCUGGAUUCGAUGUCCCGCAGCCCGUCGGAUGUUUCACCUCGUGCGGGUGGUAGCUCACCAAAUUACCGCCACACCCGAGGCGUGUCACUCGGCAUGCACGCGCACUAUUACCCGAACCAGCUCAGCCUGUUUGCCAUCUUCGAGAAGAAGGCCGGGCUCAUCCGCAUCGCCGAUUCCGCGGUGGGAGAGGUAGACCUAUACGAGGAGAGCGGCGUGCUGCAACAAUUUCUCUCACCGUCCAUCACCGCGGGAUCGGCUCCGCGUAAGUCGCGUGCCUCCUGGGACGGUCGUGGCUUCGUCAAGGAACACAAGGGUGUUUGGGUGCCGCCAGUGCGGUUCACCCUCCCCGUUGCGCUCAAUCGCUCCCUGUCACAGAGCAUGUACGUCCUCACCCGGGGCAAGCAAUCACAUAUUGUCCCGCAUCCGCUCCCACCCAGCAUUGCCGCGGUGGCACCGUACCGCAUCCUCAUGUGGUCAUUCCCACCAACACAUGUAGGUUGCAGGGUUGUAGUGCCCCCUGUAAAUGCGGAGAACGUCCCGCCAUUCCUGCAAGUGAUCGCGUUCGGAGAAGAUGGCGUCGAAGUGCAAGAAAUUCCCCUCGCUUCGCUAUCCGAGCGAGAACGCAAAGGCAAGAGGAGAGAGGAGGAACUUGUACGCGCUUCAGCAGACGUUGGUGGAGACACAGGCUUCCUCUGUAUUGGGGGACAGUGGAGCUUGCCAUUUCACCAGAACCUCGGACGCUCAUCGUCCGUCGAGAGUUAUGACUCCACCAUAUCAAACGAUAGCUGGUCGACUGAGGCUCAACUAGAAAAGAUGCGUGUGCAUCAGGGGAUCUAUGCCUGGGUACGCAAGGGUCUCGAGGACUGGCGUAUAGUGUGGGUGGGCGGUAGUGGAACAGGACACCAGGACGAAAGCGAUUUAUGA